CGGCAAUGGGAGGUACCUAUGAAUUCGUGAAGACUGCGUCCGCCAACCUACGGGAAAAGGAAGAUCACUACAACGUUGCUCUGGGAGGCUUUUUCUCUGGUGCAAUUCUCGGACUGCGAGCCCGAACUUUCCCCGCCGUCCUGGGUUACGGUGCGGCGCUGGCCACCGCAAUGGGUGCCUUCGAAUUCGCUGGCGGAUCGCUGUUCGGUCAGAAGCGGGGCUUGGAUGUUGAUGAGUUCGAGCGUCGAGAGCACUUGAGGACAAACUACAGGACUCCCGGCGAGCAGGCCGUGGCUGAGCUGGGCGAGGGACGAGGUAUCUACGGCCCCGGGUAUGAACAGCGACGACGAGAGAGAAUCAAGGAGGCAUAUGGCAUUGACGUUCCUGCUUCCGGUGCUCCCGCCUCAUGAAAUCGGUUUUGGUCGGCGUCUCUUAUCCAGUGUCUCUGUGUAAAAUUAUUUGCAAUAUAUCACAUGGCCUUCAGCUAGCAUACUCAACAAUCCUCAAUAAAGAUUUCCUUUUGUUCCUUAGAUGAGUUAACGCAUCUGUAUUGAGGGUGAUAUCUUGUACCCUACGCAAGUACUCCGUACCUAC